UACAGUCUGUAAUGUAUCUGUGCGCGUGUAGAUGAUCGCUGCAGUUCAACAGUAACUAUGGGGAGGGGGAACGAUUGGUCCUGAGGAGAUUCUGACUGUCCCGAUUUGGAGCACUGCAGGGAUUCGAGUGUGCAUUGGAUUUUUAUUUUCCUAUCUGUUUUUAGAUUUGUCUGAUCGAAAACGAUCGCUUGUAGAGAUUAAUCAAGACAACGCCUCCUCAAAACGGAAUAAUACAUCAGAACACAAAUAAUCCCUGUAAAAGUAAAGAGAAAUAAUGGGGAGCAGGGGGCACUACCGGUACCACUGGCAGAGCCACAAUGUCAAACAGAGCGGGGUGGACGACAUGGUCCUGCUCACCAAGAUCAACGAGGACGCCAUCGUGGAGAACCUCAAGAAGAGAUACAUGGACGACUACAUCUUCACGUACAUCGGACCCGUGCUCAUCUCUGUCAACCCCUUCAAGCAGAUGCCCUACUUCGGGGACAAGGAGGUGGAGAUGUACCAGGGCGCGGCCCAGUAUGAGAACCCGCCCCACAUCUACGCUCUGGCCGACAACAUGUACAGGAACAUGAUGAUUGACCGUGAGAACCAGUGCGUCAUCAUCAGUGGCGAAAGCGGUGCAGGGAAAACCGUGGCUGCAAAGUACAUCAUGAGCUACAUCUCCAGAGUGUCGGGUGGAGGGCCCAAAGUUCAGCACGUCAAAGACAUCAUCCUCCAGUCCAACCCGCUGCUGGAAGCCUUCGGGAAUGCCAAGACCGUGAGGAACAACAACUCCAGCAGAUUUGGGAAAUACUUUGAGAUCCGGUUCAGCUCGGGAGGCGAGCCAGACGGCGGGAAAAUCUCCAACUUCCUGCUGGAAAAAUCACGUGUGGUCAUGAGGAAUCCGGGAGAGAGGAGCUUUCAUAUAUUUUAUCAGUUAAUAGAAGGAGCCAGCGGAGACCAAAAGAGUAGUCUGGGAAUCACGAAUUUAGAUUACUACAAUUACCUCAAUCAGUCCGGAUCCUACAAAGUGGACGAUAUCAACGACAAGAGCGACUUCCAGGAGACAAUGCACGCCAUGAACGUGAUUGGUAUCAAGCCAGAGGACCGCACCCUGGUCCUGCAAAUCGUGGCGGGGGUGCUGCACCUGGGCAACAUCAACUUCAAGGAGGCGGGGAACUACGCCGCGGUCGAGAGCGAGGAAUUCCUGGCUUUCCCCGCCUUCCUGCUGGGCAUCGACCAGAAGAGGCUGAAGGACAAGCUCACCAGCCGCAAGAUGGAUAGCAAGUGGGGCGGCAAGUCCGAGUCCAUCGACGUCACCCUGAACGUGGAGCAGGCCUGCUACACCCGCGACGCCCUCUCCAAGGCCCUCCACGCCCGCGUCUUCGAUUAUCUGGUGGAGUCCAUCAACAAAGCCAUGGUGAAGGAACAUCAAGAAUUAAAUAUAGGGGUGCUGGAUAUUUAUGGAUUUGAAAUUUUUCAGAAAAAUGGCUUUGAACAGUUCUGCAUCAACUUUGUGAACGAAAAACUCCAGCAGAUUUUCAUUGAACUGACACUGAAAGCUGAACAGGAAGAGUAUGUACAAGAAGGAAUCAAAUGGUCCCCCAUCGAAUACUUCAACAACAAGAUAGUCUGUGAUCUCAUUGAGAGCAAAGUGAAUCCUCCGGGCAUUAUGAGUAUCCUGGACGACGUGUGCGCCACCAUGCACGCGGUGGGCGAGGGCGCAGACCAGACCAUGCUGCAGAAACUGCGGGUGCAGAUCAACUCCCACGAGCACUUCAACAGCUGGAACCAGGGCUUCAUCAUUCACCACUACGCUGGCAAGGUGUCCUAUGACGCGGAAGGAUUCUGUGAGCGCAACCGGGACGUCCUGUUCACAGACCUCAUCGAGCUGAUGCAAAGCAGUGAAAUAGCCUUCAUCCGGGCCCUGUUCCCAGAGAACCUCAACGCGGAGAAGAAAGGCAGACCCACCACUGCGGGCAGCAAAAUCAAGAAACAAGCCAAUGACCUGGUGGGCACCCUGAUGAAGUGCACCCCGCACUAUAUCCGCUGCAUCAAGCCCAACGAGACCAAGAAGCCCAAGGACUGGGAGGAGGGACGCGUGAAGCACCAAGUGGAGUACCUGGGUCUUAAGGAGAACAUUCGUGUCCGGCGUGCUGGCUACGCCUACAGGAGAGUGUUCAGGAAGUUCCUCAACAGGUACGCCAUCCUGACGAAGGAGUCGUGGCCGACGUGGCGCGGGGACGAGAAACAGGGCGUCCUGCACCUCCUGCGCUCCGUCAACAUGGACCAGGACCAGUUCCAGCUGGGCCGGACCAAGGUCUUCAUCAAAGCCCCCGAGUCGCUCUUCCUGCUGGAGGAGACCAGGGAGCGCAAGUUUGACGGCUACGCCAGGGCCAUACAGAAAGCCUGGCGCAAGUACGUGGCCCGCAAGAAGUACGUCCAGAUGAGGGAGGAAGCCUCCGACCUGCUGCUGAACCGGAAGGAGCGCCGGCGGCACAGCCUGAACAGGAACUUCGUGGGGGACUACCUGGGCAUGGACGACCGGCCCGAGCUGCGCCAGUUCCUGGGCAAGAGGGAGAAGAUCGACUUCGCUGACAAAGUCACCAAAUAUGACCGCCGCUUCAAGAGCAUAAAGCGAGACCUGAUCCUGACCCCGAAGUGCGUCUACCUGAUCGGGAGGGAGAAGGUGAAGCAGGGGCCGGAGCGAGGUCAGGUGACCGAGGUGCUGAAGCGCAGGAUCGAGGUGGAGAAGAUCCUGGCCGUGUCCCUCAGUACCAUGCAGGACGACUUCCUGAUCCUGCACGAGCAGGAGUACGACAGCCUGCUGGAGUGCACCUUCAAGACCGAGUUCAUCAGUCUCCUGGCCCGCCGGUUCGAGGAGAAGACACAGAGGAAGCUACCUCUCAAGUUUGGCACAACGCUUGAUCUGAAGCUGAAGAAGGAGAGCUGGGGUCCCUGGAGCGCCGGCGGCUCCCGGCAGGUGCAGUUUGUCCCCGGCCAGGGUGACGAGGCCAUACUGCGCCCCUCCAGCAAGACGCUGCAGGUCAGCAUCGGCCCCGGCCUGCCGAAGAACACGCGCCCCACCAAAAAGAAUGUUGCUCAGACCCGCUCAAGCCAGUCCAGAACCCACCAGCACUACCCAUCCAGGGCCGCCCCCGGACCUCCAGUUGCCCACCAGAACGGGGGGCUGAAAAACACCAAUCACACUGCCAACCAGAGGAACGCAUCACAGCAGCAUGCCAAUCAGAGGCCGCCGUCGGGCAGCGCGAACCGCCCCUUCCUGCCUCCGGCGCUCAGCGCCAGCCAGCCCAAGGACAGGGGCAGCAGGCCGCAGCCCAACCUGGACUGCCUCAAGGUCCCAGACCAGGGCGCUGCUGGUAACGGAAGCGGACCCCCCACUUCAAACGGAGGAAUAGCUCACAGACAGUCGGUCAGCAGGCCCACACCUGGAGGAGGCCGGCCCAAGCCCACCCCCAAGCCAAAGCCGCAGGUCCCCCAGUGCAAGGCCCUGUACGCCUACGACGCGCAGGACACCGAUGAGCUCAGCUUCAACGCAGACGACAUCAUCGACAUCAUCAAGGAAGACGCCUCAGGUUGGUGGACCGGGAGAUUGCGGGGGAAACAGGGCCUAUUCCCCAACAACUACGUGAGCAAGAUCUAGACCCGCUGCUGCUCGGCAACCACCUGGAGAAACGCAUGUGCCACAACUGAGCCUCCCGAGGGAGGUAGCGGAGAGCAGCCAAUCAGAGGGAGAGCGUUCCUCCAUGCCCACACAGCACAUGGGUCCACGGUGCUACUUCCCGCUGUGCCAGACCUAACCGGAAGAGAGCCAGGCAUGUUAUGCGAGGACCCAAAGGAGACCAGAGACUGUUCUCCAGGGCUGAUGAUAGCUACACAAUCCCUGUGAGCACUGAACAAAACUAUUUAUUGUAUUUAUAGCUUACUUUAUUGUUUUUUUUUAUUCUUGUUUUGUUUCUUUUCACCUUAGAAAUAUUUUAAAGGUGAGUUGGUUUAUUUGAAGAGAUGAGGUAUGCAUCACAUGUGGAACCAGGAGGUUUUUUUUUUGUUUUUUUUUUUUGUUUGCCACUGUAUAUCUUUGUUUUUGAAGACAGUUCUUUUAAAUUCUGGAAGGUAGUUUCUUUUGUAGACUUGCAAAUUUUCUGAUAUCUUAAGAUUAACUGGUAGUUUUUAUAUUAUUCCAACCUAGCCUAUUUUCAGUGGGAAUAUUUGCUGCUAAGACAGAUUUUACAAAUAGUAUUGACUCCAGAAGUUGACAAUUCAUUAACAUCACACCCUGUGAAAAGGUAUAUUUAUUUUAGUCCACCUCUGAGCUGUUAUGUACAUUGAUCAUUUUACCCCGGUGAUUAUGAGGACAUUGGGUGUAGAUUUAGGAGACGGUGAUUCAUAUCUGCACAUAGUGAUGGGAGUGGAAAGUUUGUGUUGUUUUCAGCUGCUCCGUGAACUGGUGGAACCUUGAAUUUUGGAAGCGGCGGAGGAACAGUGAAUGUUGGAAAGAAAAAGUGUCGCUACUAACACAACAGUAUAACCUGCAUCCUAAGGCAACUGUUCUGCUCUCAGCAGGUUUCACUCUGUGAUCAAACAAAGGACGCUGAAGCUGAGGGCUGGGCUGAGUUUUGUCAGUGGUUCAUGAGCACUUUAUCAGCAGGGUCCGGAAGAGCUGCAGCGGCCGCUCCUGUCGAGACGCGCUGCUCCAGGAUCUUAGCGAAGGACGUACUUGGCAAACGAAGGGAAAUGUGGAUAAACCAAUGCAUUUUUUUCCAAAUGUUAAAUAG